AUGGAACUAAGCUCCAAUAUUCUAGAAAGUGGCAGCAGCCGUUCCGAAGUGGAUGGCCGCGCUCGAAGGACUCGCGUAAAUCAAACCCAAACCUACGACAUCCACAAAGGAAUUGCCGAGAGUGCGAUGGACAUCUCGCUCCUGACGGCAAACGCCAACCAGCUGCGGUUGCUCAUAACUUACAACCAGGGUUCCAAGACUUACGUCGCCUGCAUCACAUUCAUAAUAAUCUCGCUCGUCCUGCAAAUGAUGGUGGCGAUUUCCAUGAUUGUAGUUUCACUCACGAAACCCCAAAGGGACGAUCCAAGACGGCAGAGGGUUAAAAUCAUUACAUCAGUCGGUGUUGCGAUAAUCACGAUGAUCAAUAUCCUUGUAGCAUCGUUGGUUGUUACAGAACAACCUCCCAACGCUAUCGUAGCGACUUCCGGUAACGUUAUCGGCAUGCUCACCAACGUUAAUCUAACGCAUGCGGCCAUUUAA